AUGCUCUACGAAGACUUUUGGAAGUCCUCUUGUGAUUGGAAGAAAACGACCAUUUACCGUUCAGUGACAAACACGAUUGAAAACAAGAGGUCGGGCCGCAGGCAGUGGCUGACACGAAAACAGAUGCUUCCAAUCUUCGACAAUGAUCAAGGUAUCGUUGAUGGAAUCAUUUUGAGAAAGCGUUCAGAUCCAGAAUUGAUGGCUUCAGAAGUUCGCAAACACCCAGAAGUCCCAACCCUGUCGCAAUACUUGGUGCUGACAGAGGAUCACGAGGAAUCGAACGAGACUGACAGAAUCAUGGACAAGUUCUCGCUGACGGAGAGGGACCAGGACUCUGAUGAUUCUGAUGGUUAUACCAGCGACCAAGGAUCAGAAAGCGAUGAUGAUGAUGAUGAUGAAAGCAGCAAUGGCAAGAAGAAAAAGAAAUCCAAAACAAAGGCAAAGAAGAAUAAGGCAAAGUCAGGAAGCAAGAAGGAUAAGAAGAACAAGAAGAAGGGAGGAAAAAAGAAGGGAACGAAGAAAAAGACUAAGUCUAAGGAUGCUGAGGACCCGGCUGAGAAAGCAAAAGAAGCAGCAAAGGAAGCCCGAAAAAAGCUUAUCAAAGAUGCAAAGAAGGCCAAAUGCCAAUUGGAUGCAAUCAGUGACAUCAACUCCCGGAUUCGAAGUGCAAACGACAAGAAGCAAUCGAUGGGCUCUUGGUCGCCCAACAUCAAAACGGCCAUGGAGAAGGAGAUCAACGCGAUCGUGUCAGUCCUGACUAGCUUCAGGACUUCUUUGCAAGAGGCCUUGGACAGCAGUGCCCAGGAUGCCAAGCUGCAAAAGUGCCUCAAAGCUGCGACUGAUGGCAUUUCUGAGUUUGACCAAAAGAUGGAACCCAUUACUGGUAAGAAGCGUAAGGCUGACCAGUCUUCUAAGAAGAAGUAG